AGACUCCGAAUAAUCGUCUUCCUGAGAUGGCUCAACAACCAAGCAGAGGUCUCUUCUUUUGUCCCCGCCGGCCGGAAUUCGGCUCUUCUAAAUCCGAUUCCGACGUUCAUUAACCAUGCUCCGAUGUUAUACUUUAGCUUGAUCCGUUCAAUUUUAUUUUCAUUAGCAUACCCGAUCUGAAUCCCGUUUACUCAUCGUGGAUGCUGAUUUCAGUGAUUAAAGUUUGUAGAUUUGUGAAUCUGUGAAUUAGUUGCAGCGAAGAUGAUGGGGUAUGAGAAUCAGGAUUUCGAGGAUGCUCGUCUAUAUGCGUCUAAGGAAGAAAUGGAGUCCCUCGUCCUCGACGAAGAUCAUGGUCGCUCUUCGAAUUCUAAUGGCCGCAAGCCUUUCACCGACCCAUUGUCGUCUUCUUCGCUACCUUUCGCUGAAAUCUCCACUGACGAUGACCCUCUGAACACUCGCUCGAGUCAAAGUCAAAACCCUAACUCCUUCAAUUCCAUCCUCGAACCUCCCUCUUAUGCUGAUGCCAUUUUCAGAUCCUUCGACGCCGACCACACGUCACCAGAAGUCGACAGUCAUGAUCAAACCGGAGCUUCUCCUUCUCCUUCGUCCUCAUCAAAGGCAAUGUCUGAUUACCUUCAGAUCACAGUCUCAGAUCCACAGAAGGAGCAGGAGCUCUCAAAUUCACUCGUCCCAGGAGGGAAUACUUUUGUGACCUACCUCAUCACCACGAGAACUAACUUGCCUCAAUACCACAGAACUGAAUUUAGCACAAGAAGAAGAUUCAGAGACGUGGUGACAUUGUCGGACCGGUUAUCAGAAGCUUAUAGAGGUUUCUUCAUCCCAGUUAGGCCGGACAAGAGUGUGGUAGAGAGUCAGGUAAUGCAAAAACACGAGUUUGUUGAGCAGAGGAGGGUGGCAUUGGAGAAGUACUUGCGCAGGCUGGCGGCACACCCAGUGAUUUGGACUAGUGAGGAGUUGAGACUGUUUUUGGAGGCGGAAGGAAGACUGCCUCUGGUGAAGACCACUGAUGUGGCAUCUAGGAUGCUGGGUGGGGCAGCGAAUCUUCCACGGCAGCUCUUAGGGGAGAUCGGAGGGGCAGGAACCAUGGAUGUAAAUGAGAUGGUGCAGCCUGCCAAGGGAGGGAUGGAUCUGUUGAGGAUUUUUAAGGAGUUAAGACAAUCAGUGGCUAAUGAUUGGGGUGGGGUGAAGCCGGCUGUAAUGGAGGAGGAUAAGGAGUUCUUGGAGAAGAAGGAUAAAUUGCAGUAUUUCGAACAGCAGCUCACGAAUGUGUCACGAGAGGCUGAAGUACUCGUGAAAGCUCAGCAAGACAUUGGAGAAACAUUGGGUCAAUUGGGCCUAGCGUUUGUUAAAUUAACUAAGUUUGAGACGGAGGAAGCCAUGUAUGAUUCUCAAAGAACAAGAGCUACCAACAUGAAAAACGUGGCAACUGCAUCUGUAAAAGCAAGCAGAUUGUAUAGAGAAUUGAAUGCACAGACAGUCAAACAUUUGGAUAAGCUUCAUGAGUAUCUUGGAACAAUGCUGGCUGUCAAUAAUGCAUUUUCAGACCGGUCUAGUGCUUUGUUGACAGUACAGACAUUGGUAUCAGAACUAUCAUCAUUAAAUUCCAAGAUUGAAAAGCUUGAAGCUGCCUCUUCUAAGAUAUUUGGUGGGGACAGGUCCAGAUUUAGAAAAAUAGAAGAGCUGAGAGAAACUGUAAGAGUGACUGAAGAUGCCAAAAUUUGUGCUGACAGAGAAUACGAGCGGAUCAAGGAAAACAAUAAGAAUGAGCUGGAGAGAUUAGAAAAGCAGAGGCAUGAUGAUUUCUUGAGCAUGUUGAGGGGAUUUAUUGUUAAUCAGGCAGGAUAUGCAGAAAAAAUUUCCAAUGUUUGGGAGGCGGUGGCAGACGAAACAAGGGGAUAUGCUAAACAAUGAUAUGUGUAAGGAAGAGUUGGAUGACUAUAUAUUGUUAGCUUUUUCUUAGCUUUAGUUCCCAAUGUCUUGUGUAAUUCCACUGUGUGAACUGUGUACUGGAUUUGUGUUGAUGCAUUGACACAGUCAACAUUCUCCUUGAAGGCUGAGACUGUAAAAUUGAGUGAGAAGAGAUUAGAGGUAUGGACAUGAGAUUGGUUUUCCCAUCUUUUAUUUAAUGUAUUGUGAAAGUAAACAGUCUCAUUUUCC